AUGGCAACAUUAGUGGAUUCCUCGGUACAGUCCAGUGCUCCCGGUAGCACAAGUCAUGGGUAUUCUUGGAUUCCUCCCGGGCUCAACCGCAGAAAGGUUGAGGAGUAUAUGGCACAGCUACCCAAUCAUGUUGUUCCACGGAUUAACAGUACCGGUGAGAAAUAUCGGGAAAAACAGUUGCUGUUGCAACUUCCGAGACAAGACCUAUCAGUUGCAUACUGCAAACACUUAUCAAACAAUGUUGAGAGAAAAAUUUUUGAAGAGUUUAUUAAUGCACGAAAUGAAAUUGCUCUAGACAUCGGUUUUGUAUGCCCAAAUAUUCCAAAACAAAUGGAAUGCCGAAAAUGCAGCGGAGUUCUUGAAAAAAAUGAAAUGGCUGUUAUGGCACCAAAACUAGGUGAAAACUGUGGUUGGCAUCCGGCGUGUUUUAUAUGCACCACUUGUGAACAGGUUUAG